AUGCAUGGAUCAGUUGGGUUAAGAUCCACCAAGGAGAUAUUUGUGAUUCGCUUAGGUGCUGGAUGGGAAUGCCCACACAUGGUGGGUAUAGCAAAAGAUAAGGUAGAGGUUAUGGCUUCUGUAGAUCGAGAGCAAUCUAGGAGGCUUGUAGCACCUUCAUCCUCAGCUGUUCAUCGAGGUGAUUCAUUAGGUUUCCCUCAGGAUGUAGAGUUUGAGAUUGAGACUUAUCUGGGUUCUGCCCCUAUUUUCAGGGCGUCAUACCGUAUGGAUCUGAAGGAUCUGGAGGAACUUAAGGAGUUGAAGGCAUUACGAGUUUAUGGUGAUGCCAUUUUGGUUGAUCAAUGUUCUAGCAACUUUCAUAGAUCUAAUAACUGUGUUUCAUCCAUAUUUAGACCGAGGCAGAACAAUGAUAAGCCCUUAAGGACAGUUCUCCACACUUUGAAAAAGCAUCGAUUGUAUGCGAAGUUGAGAAAAUGUGAAUAUUGGCUUUAUGAGGUGUCAUUUCUUGGGCAUGUUGUAUCUGCUAGCGUUAUUCAGGUGGAUCCGACUAAGAUUGAGGCCAUUAAGGGAAGGGUAGUCAUUUAUAUAUCCUGGCAGCUGAGGUUUCAUGGGUAUAAUUACUCGACCCAUGAUCUGGAGUUAGCAACUGUGGUCUUUUCCUUGAAGAUCUGGAGACACUAUCUCUAUGGAGAGAAGUAUUAUAUCUUUACUGAUCACAAGAGUUUAAAGUAUCUUUUUACCCAUAAUGAGCUUAAUCUAAGGCAGCGAUGUUGGCUCGAGUUUCUUAAAGAUUAUGACUGUGAGACCAAUUACCACCUGGGUAAAGCUAAUGUUUUCGCUGAUGCUUUGAGCUUAAGGCAAUAUCCAAUCCGAGGUCUAUAUUUUCCAGGAUAA